GGAUAAGGUAUGACAAGGGGGCCCUGCCAAUGGGGUAUAUCGGUUCUUUUAUUUUAAUUGAUGCUUAAUUUUCUCUGAUUCUACUUAGCGGAGCAUGCCUCCGCCACAGAACGCGUUUACCCUUUACCCAGGGCCCUUGAUGGUUGCCCAUAUGGUAAGGGUCCCGUUCACAUGGUAGAAUGAGUAGUUUGCUUCUCGUUCCCAGCGACUCCCAAUAUCUUUUCUCUCUGACAGUUUGGAUUUCUUGAACUAUCCGAUUUACCCUAGCCCCAAUCAUCAUCAGCUUUGUCCUUUUUCUUGUUGGAUUCCCUGUUGGAUAGUUGCUGCAUAGGAUUCCUGAUUGCGCAAAGCGCACAUGUAAUAUGGAGAAAAGGAAUACCGUGCUGGAAGCAUCUGAGAAGCCACAUGAUAGUGCUUCUACCAACGGACCAAGCCCGGUUAAUCAAGAAACCCUCAUACAAGAUGGGGUAGAAGGAAGUAACACCAUACCGGAUUUCCCCAGAGGAGAUACUUCGGUCACAAUCUCGAUAGAAGCAAGUCCCCCAUCACCCCCCAUGAGAGAGACCUCGACUAUGGACCUAUUGGGGGCCUCUGCUCCACCUGGCAGGACGGCCUCGAUAACCUCAGUGUCUUCGACGGGUUCGCUGUCGGGACCUCCGAGUCCGGUACGGCCUACCGGUCAACGACCUACGAUAAACUUGAAGCCGUCCCUAUCGUUGUUGGGUAAGCCUCCAGAAUCACAAGCCGGAGGAACAGCCCUCUCCCCAAUCCCAUCAGCUUCUCCAGGGAAUAGCGUUGCUCCAAAUUCACCAGUCAACACACCUCGGCCUGCCACAGCCCCACAAGUUCCCCCUACUCUACAGGCCAGCACACCAUCUCAGCAAUCAAAAUUCAAGAAAACAAGUUCAAAUUUCUUUAGGAUUUUCAGUUAUACAACAUGGCGCGACAGAGUGAUGCUAUUCGCUUCUGUUGUGGCCGCUAUGGGAGCCGGUGUUGCCUUUCCCCUAAUGACCAUUGUUUUUGGCCAACUCGUUGGAGCCAUCGCGAGUACCAGAGCUGAUCUAAACUCCGAAAGUUCUAAGGAACACUAUACUCAACUCAUAAACGAAUACGUUCUCUUCAUGGUAUACCUUUUUAUUGGAAGGUUUGUAUUAGGCUACAUUGCUACCCUUGGGUUUCGCAUGAUGGGUUUCCGCAUCUCUUCGUCGAUGCGCCUGGCCUACUUCAAAGCUCUACUCAGCCUACCCGUGUCACUUUUAGACACGCAACCCCCUGGACAAGUUGCUGCCAUUAUAACAACCACAGCAAACACGCUACAGAAUGGAAUAUCCGAGAGGCUAGCAGCAGUUAUUCAGAACUUGUCCAUGUUUAUUUCUUCCAUUGUCAUCGCCUUUACCCGCAGUUGGAAGUUGAGUUUAGUUACCAGCAGCGGCAUGUUUCUGAUCACAAUAUGCUACUGCAUCACCAUUCCUUUCGUCGUAAAGAAUAUGAAGCAAGUCGAAGAUGCAAACAUUAAGGGGUCCGCAGUCGCAAGUGAGAGUUUCGGCUCCAUCAGAAUGAUCGCUGCGUAUGGCGCUGAAACGAAGAUGGUGCAGAAGUAUCAAGAGUGGGUGGAUGAGGCACAGCGUAGGGGCCUUCGACUAUCCAAAAUAGUUGCCAUUCAACAAGGAACAAUUUACUUCAGUGUAUAUGCAACCUUUGCCUUGACUUUUUGGUACGCUGUCAAGAUGUUGAUAAACUUUGAAAUUCCUGAUGUCGGAACUUUAAUCACCGUCUUGAUGUGCAUAAUGAUGAUAGUCAUGGGAAUUGGAGGCAUCGCGGCGCCAAUUUCUGCUGCUGCUCGAGCAGCGGGCGCAGCGAGCAUCCUUUUCAACGGUAUCGAUGCGCCGAGACCAGUCGUCACAGGGUUGAAAUAUCCCGAUGUCUCAGCAACGGGGGACAUUGUGCUCUGGGGUGUCAAUUUCACGUACCCCACAAGGCCAAAGCUCAAGGUUCUCGACGGUCUCAACUUGAUCUUACCUGCGGGGAAAACAACAGCUAUCGUUGGUCCUUCAGGUUCUGGGAAGAGUACAAUAGUGGCUCUUAUAGAGCGAUGGUACGAUUUGGAUGGAGAUUCAGACCAGAAAAAAUUGGUCCAGUUCUUUCGCAACGGUUCAGUAACAAUUGGCGGCACGAAACUGACUGACAUUGAUUUGAAGUGGUGGCGGUCUCAAAUCGGACUUGUCCAACAGGAACCUUUUCUCUUUAACACGACCAUCUUCCAAAACGUCGCAAAUGGCCUAAUUGGAACAGAAUGGGAGGACUGCGACCUUGACAGGAAAAAGGAACUGGUAGAAUAUGCCUGCAAAGAAGCCUUUGCCGACGAAUUCAUAUCUCGUCUCCCGGAAGGAUAUGAUACUUAUGUUGGAGAUGCCGGUAUAAAGCUGAGCGGCGGUCAGCGCCAAAGACUAGCGAUCGCUCGAGCUAUAGUCAAGCAACCGAAAAUCCUAAUUCUGGAUGAGGCGACGAGUUCAAUUGACGUUCGUGGAGAGAAGGUUGUCCAAGCUGCACUGGAUAAAGUAUCUCAGAACCGCACUACGAUCAUGAUAGCCCACCGGCUGUCAACAGUCAAGAAGGCAGACAAUAUCGUUGUGCUCGCCAAAGGUAAAGUGGUCCAAUGGGGGAACCACGAGAGCCUUAUGGCUCAGGUCGGCGGGCCGUACUGGCUUCUUACCAAUGCGCAAAGACUAUCCAUGGGUAGCGAGAGCGACAUUCCAGAUGAAUCAUCUGAGGUGACGGAGGUGGAAAAGAGAACGAUGGAUCUGAUGACACUGGAUGAAACUAAAGCCGAGGUUCGGGAUAGCCAGAGCACCGUCGUCGAAAACCCACCUCACAAACCGAAGGGCGUAAUGGGAAGCUUUGGCGCUAUGCUUGUUGAACAAAAGCCGUUCUGGCCCUGGUACACGGUGAUGGCAUUUGGUGCCGUGGUGGCUGGUGGAAGUACGCCUGUCCAAGCCUAUAUCUUCGCUGCUCUGAUCUCUUCUUUCGCCUAUUGGGGAGAUACACUAGUUGCUAUCACUAAUUUCUGGUGUCUUAUGUUCGUUGCCCUUGCGUCUGCAGCAGGGGCCGGCUACUUUGCCCUGGGUUAUUCUUCUACGGUUGUCUCCUUUUACAUAACCUCGACUUAUCGCCGAGAGUAUUUCCAAAACAUUAUCUCAAAGACUGUGUCCUGGUUCGAUGGUGAUGGUCGAUCCAUAGGCGCCCUCACUGGAAUCGUGGCCAGCGACCCCACGCAACUGCAGCAACUACUAGGAACGAAUAUGGCAUUCGCAGCCAUAUCAAUCCUCAGUGUUAUUGGGUGCUUAGUUCUAUCCUUUUACUUUGGAUGGAAGCUCACAAUCGUUGCGCUAUCGUCCGCCAUGCCAUUGGCUCUAGCCGCCGGGUUCUUCCGUGUUCGUGUUGAAAAGGGGUUCGAGACUAUGAACUUGAAAGUAUUUGGCGAGAGCGCUAAAUUCGCCACGGAAUCUAUUGGGGCCAUCCGCACAGUAACAGCACUCACGUUAGAGGAAAGCAUCUGCCGCAGAUAUGAAGAACUACUACAAGCGCAUGUACAGAAGGCUUUCAGACGAGCCCGCUUCGCGACUAUAGUAUUUUCGGCAAGUGAUAGCUUGCCGUUCCUCUGCAUGGCAUUUGUCCUAUGGUAUGGAGGUACGCUGCUAGUAUCAGGGGAAUAUUGGACGUUCCAAUAUCUGGUUGUUUAUAUUGCUGUGGUACAGGGUGCUACAGGGGCAGGACAAUGGCUCAGUUUCGGACCCAAUAUUGCGCAAGCUACUGCAGCGGCAAAUAGAAUCCAAGCCAUGAGACAUAAUGAUAACGGCGAUGGUCGGGGAAUUACGCUGAGUGACGAAGAAGUUGACGAGGACGGAAGAGGCGUUAAGAUUGAGCUGCGAGACGUGUGGUUCAGGUACCCGACAAGGGAUGUCCCCGUGUUAAAUGGGUUGAGCAUGACUAUUGAGAAAGGUCAAUUCGCAGCCAUUGUCGGGCCCUCCGGCUGUGGUAAAACAAGCAUUGUCUCCUUGUUAGAGAGGUUCUACAAGAUCAGAUCUGGAAGCAUAACAUACAACGAUAUCGAAAUCGACGACAUCGACCUCAGAGACUAUCGUAAAUCUAUUUCUCUUGUAGCCCAAGAGCCAUCCCUAUUCAACGGCAACAUCAAAGAGAAUAUCCUUCUCGGUGUCGAUUCUGAUACAGUCUCUGAUGAGCAGCUGGAGCAAGUUUGUCGCGAUGCUGAGAUACAUGACUUCAUCACUUCCCUCCCAGAAGGAUACAACACGAAGGUAGGUAUCAAAGGGAUACUGCUAUCCGGCGGGCAAAAGCAGCGCCUCUCGAUCGCCCGGGCACUUAUCAGAGAUCCCCGGCUCUUGCUACUAGAUGAGGCUACGUCGAACCUCGAUUCGGAGACGGAGAAGCUAGUGCAGGGCGUCUUCGAGCGAACGAAGAAAAGCAGGACCAUGAUAGUAGUUGCCCACCGGCUCGCUACUAUUCAGAACGCCGACGUUAUCUUCGUCCUUGGCGACGGCCAGGUUCUAGAAUCCGGUACCCAUAUUGCCCUCCUCCAGAAGCGAGGUGUGUAUUUCAGCAUGUGUCAAGCACAAGCCUUAGAUAGAUGAUGUGCUUCUUUUUUGUAUUAUAUACUAUUUACUAUAUGUGUAUUAAGCUUAUAGAGAUGGCUGUAAUAAAAUACCUACCUACAUAAUAAUAACUAUCUAGGCUAGGUACAUAAUAUUGGUAAUACAGAACAAUACAUCCAGUGAUACGGAUAUCAGAUAUCAGCAAGUUCGAACAAAUUUGAAUCUCCCAAGCUGGA